CUGCGUACCUGCCUUUCGUGAAUACAGAAUGCUUAUCUGGAUUGCGCAAUAUCCGCAAGCGGUGCAGUCUGGGGUUCUGCUGCACAACAGAGGGCUGGCGCAACUGGCUAGCUAGCUGACCACUUGAAAUGGACGUGUUCUUAAUGAUCCGGCGUCACAAGACCACAAUCUUCACAGAUGCCAAGGAGUCUACCACUGUGUAUGAGCUAAAGCGUAUUGUUGAAGGAAUCCUUAAGAGAGCACCUGAAGACCAGAGGCUGUACAAAGAUGACCAGUCGCUAGAGGACAGCAAAACUCUUGGUGACUGUGGAUUUACCAACCAGACUGCCAGACCUCAAGCCCCAGCUACAAUUGGUCUGGCCUUCCGCAUUAAUGAUGACCUGUUCGAACAGCUGCACAUCGAGGCCUUCUCCAGCCCCCCAGAACUCCCUGAUGUGAUGAAGCCUCAGGACUCCGGUAGCACUGCCAAUGAACAGGCUGUGCAGUGAUAACAUGGAGAGGAAACGAGCAAUGGAGGAAAGGAUGGAAGUGUGUGUGUGUGGAUUAACUGCAGUGGAGAAGUAGCGGGUUGGAGAAUAUGUAAUAUAAUUUGUUGGAUGGGGACAUUAUAGGUAACCAAGCCUAUCCAUGUUACCUUCAUGCUAUCAUCCCAGCAAACUCU